AUGUCGAUUUUUUACAGUUUUGGCUACGGGGUGGCUUUUGGCCCCUUACUUGUAGGGGGCGGGAGGCUGAAUACAGGGCCAACCCCUCACUCGUGGCGCGCUGAACUUUCAGAAAAUCGCGACGGUUGGAGCUACCGGGCGCGUGUGCACCCGAUGGUGUCGGAGCCGGCACGGGCGGGGAGCGCGCAAGGCACGACGCGGUGCGAGCGGCGGCUGCGGGUGCGGCCAAGCCAGAGAUGCAGGGGCGCUGCGGCGUGGUCGGGCGCGGGCGGAGCAAAGGCGCAGCUGGCGGCAAGGCAGCGCACAGCGGGCGGCGGCCGCGACAAGGCAGCGCGCAGCGGGCGGCAAGGCAGCGCGCAGGGGCGGCGGCCGCGGGCGGGGCAGCGAGCAGCGGGCGGCGGGGCAGCGCAGCAGGGCGGCGGCCGCGGCGGGGCAGCUCGCAGGGGGCGGCGACCGCGGCAGGCAGCAGCGCAGCGGCGGCGGUCGGCCGGGGUGGGGCAGCGCGCAGGGGCAGGGCAGGGCUUGGGGUAG